CUGACUUAUCGCAAGCUAUCAUUUGAUUGAUUCAUUUCCCCAUCUUAUGAGUUGUUUUUUAUCUCCGGUCUUUUUAUGGUAUUGUUUCUUCUGAUAAUGUUUCUGUUUCAUUUUCAUGGACAUGUCCAGGUCUUUGGUCUUUCCCCCAACUUUUCCAUUUGUUUUUACGACUCUUGUUCUUUUUCUUUUCAUGGCCACCUUGUCUUGCCGGAGCAUCCAUCUUCUGUUUCUCUCUUUCUAUCUUUUUUCUUUCUAUCUUUUCUCCCCCCUUGUCCGUCAAUUUUGUCUCUUUCCAAGAUCGAUCAGCGGAAGGGAUCGAUACCAGGCCACUGGCACCUCGCCCCGUCUGUCUGGCCGAAAUGUGGUUAGAUUAGGAUUCCAUGCAUUUACUAGCGAUUGUUUUCUUCGUCGGCCGUGAUUUUGUGUGUAUGGGGAUGCCUUAUGAUUUGUAUGGAUACCGUCUCUCUUAUG